GGCUGAGUCGCUGAGUGGGGUCCUCUGUCCCAUCGUCUCUUAUAACAGGAAGAUUGAAGUCGAAGGCGGUUGGCCAAAAUGCCAGAAGAGAUGGCGGACGGUGGGAGGAAGCUUCCGACUCUCGAUGUACUCAUCGAUGCGCUGGACAAGCGCGAGAGGGCGCCGAGCAACGUCCCAAAGGUCGAGACAUUCCACUUCAAAGGGGAUCGGGUAUCUGAUUGGUUGGAUCUGACGGAGCAGGCGCUGGUGGGGCUGUCAAAUGAGGUCAAGCUCCAGCGGGUCCUGAGGUAUGUCUUGCAUAGUCACCAUCGGGAAGUAACUAAGGUUGUGGACGCUGCCAGCGACAGUUCGGCAAAGGUUGGGGACCUAAUGCGAAGGAAGUACAGGCUGGGGGACGGCCUGUUGACCAUGGCCGACUUGGAGGCCAUGAAUAAGAAAGACUUCUCCACCAUUGGGGCGUUCGUGCACAAGUUCAAGAAAAAGGCGAGGAAAGUGCACGGGAUUUCUGAGGAGGCGCAGUGCGCCACAUUUUUGGGGCUGCUCACAAGCUCGGAGACUACAAAGCUGACGAAGUAUGGGGAAGGAAGCGAGAGGCUCACCAGGGCAACCAUUGACAAGGGAGUGGAAGAAGGGGGUCUAGACCAGGUGGAGCAACACCAAAUGAGGUUGCAAAGGCGCAAGAGGAAGGAGAGGGAUGCUACUGCAUCCGGGACCCCCGGGGUGAAGAGAAUUGUCACGGACGUGAAAAGGUACGCAGUCCGGCUGGAGGAAGGCUUUGACGUGGAGCGAAUGGUGGACAAGCUUCUGGAAGGUCAUAACGAUUUGAUGAACGUAAAGGACAUUUUAACGUCGGCACCAAGGCUCUGUGGCGAGCUGAAAGGGCGGCUCUCGCGAAGGUUAGUGCCCAAUGUCCACCUGAGCUCAAUUCUGCCCAGGGAGAUAGAGUGGACAGAGGCAGGCACUAGGAUGGAUUGGAAAUGUGUGGCGUGUGGGUUGGUGGACUUGAAGGUGAGGGGUCAGCCGAGCAUCGCAAUGGUGGAUAUGGGCGAGGAAAUGAACAUCAUCCGGGAGCGGGAUGCGACUAUGCUUGGGUUGGAGGUCGACCAUUCGGAUUAUGGCGUGUUGCAUGGCGCCAACUGCAAGGACAUCUUCUGCGGCACUGCGUCUAAUGUGAUGGUGGAGAUUGGGAGAGUAAGGGCGCGAACGUGCUUCGUUGUCAUGCCCGAUGUUGACCACCCCAUCCUUCUGGGGAGGUCAUUCCUCUGCCGAACGGAGACCCUAGUCUUCAACAGGCAUGAGGGGACGAUGAUCCUGGCUCUAUCUGAUCCGGUUUGUGGAAACUAUGAAAUCAUCAAGUGUCGGAACAGAGGGCCCGGAAGUGGGAGGAACAGGCUCAACCUCGGCUCCUUUACCUUCGAGGAGUCUGAGUACGCGCGGCGGAGAUUCUGGGAGGAGCAGGAGGAGGAAGGGGCAGGCGAAGUUUUGUCCCUGAGCCUUAAUGAUGUAAAUAAGGCAAUGGAGGUGGUGGCGGCGCAUGAUAUGGCGGACCCGGAAGCUAUAAAGGCAUUGAGGGAGCAGGUCCCGGAAAGCCCUCAGGAUUUGCAACGAUUGAAUGCAGUAACAGUGCGGGACGCGAGAGGGUUGCCGAACGCGGACGCCCUGUCAGAGUCAUGCGCAGGGAGGCCUAUAAUCUCACUCAUAGACCUUUAUUUUGGGUAUGACCAGUUUCCUGUGUACCCACCGGAUAGGCCAGUGACGGCGAUGCAUACGCCAAGGUGGCUGAUCCACAUGAACGUGGCACCUCAGGGUUGGACUAAUGCGGUGGCAAUGGUGCAAAGGCACAUGAUUAAGGCCAUGCAGACGGUUAGUUCACAUAUCACUCAGCCCUACAUUGACGAUUUGGCGGUCAAGGGUCCAAAGGAGAAGGAGGAAGACGAAGUGAUGCCAGGAGUGAAGCGGUUCGUCUGGAAGCACAUCCAAGAUAUUGAUCAGGUUCUGGGUCUAUUGGAAGAACACAACCUGACGGCAAGCGGCCCCAAAUCGAAGCAUUGUAUGAGGGAGGCCACGAUUUUGGGCUUUGUCUGCAACGAGCAAGGGCGGAGGCCGGAUGUGAAGAAGACGGACAAGAUCCUGGAGUGGCCAGUCCCCUUUCAGUCGAUAACGGACGUGAGGAGCUUCCUUGGGAUGCUGGUUUUGGAGGAGUUUUGUGAAGGACUUCGCCACCAAGACGAAGCAUUUGAGGAAGCUGGUACGUCAGGACCAGGAGUGCGUCUGGGCGAAGACCAGGAAAAGGCUGUGGAAAGGAUGACGAGAGAAUUCAAGGAAGGAGGCUUGGUGUUGGGGGCGCCGAACUACGAGGUCACGGAGGAGAAGCCAUUCGUUGUCGAGACAGACGCCGGGCGAACUACCUUGGGGGGGGUCCUGAUUCAGGCAGAUGUGGAUGGGAAAGAGAGACUGUUAAGCGAGGAGUUGAGGCCGCCCUCGCCACUGCCAUCAACGCAGGAGCUGGACAUACCAAGAGAGACGCCAUUCCGAAGCUUAGCGACUCAUCUCGAUGUAUCCCAAUGGGAGGCCUCACGGCUGGGAGAGGGCUCAGUUGAGCCGACGCGCUACGUGCCAUUGGAGGAGCCCCUCGACCCCGAGAUGGAGACAGACAUGCGAGACCGAGAGGAGCCGCAGGAUCCUGAGAUGGCAACCGAGCGGCCGGAUCCGAUACGACCUCAGGGUAGAGAGGUGAUCAUGGUUGGGGACGAUACCCCUCCAUGCUCCCCAACUCCAGAGCCAGCACAACGUUUAUGGCCAGAGGGGAUUCCUGAGCCAGGCAGCGAGGAGAUUCCGGAGUCUUCCCCUGCGGCCGCCAUUACGCCUGAGCAAAAGGCAGAGGCGGAGGAUCGAGGAGUGUGUGAGAGGGCAAGAGUGGAGGCGCCCUUUGACUUGCCCUCGGCCACGCAGGUGACCAAGAGCCCGGAUAUCGAGGAACCCGUUUCAGCAGACUUACCGCCAGUAGUGCCGUGCGCGAGCGAAGGGAUGGAGGUGGAGGCAUCAACUCCAGCAGGCCAGAGGCCGCGAGUGGAAGGAACCCCAAGAGAGACCCGCGAAGAGAAGUCCGCCCGAGUGCGGGUCCGUCUGGACGAGAUACACGCAAGACAGGCCGAGAUGGAGGCGGCGGGGAUAGAGCCGACACCGCCGGUCGAGCCCAAGAUGAAUGAGCAGAGGAUCAACGAGUUAUGGGCUAGGCAUGAGAGCGAGAGGGAUGCAGCCCGCCAGAGGUCACGAGAGGCAGGACGGGCGGACGAGGAGACGAGUGAGUUGAGAGAGAUGGGGGACUUGGGGUUCUCCGCGACAAGGCAUGCGAUUGAGCGCAUGGACCGGAGGAUAGGGCGAGCCGGUGCCGAUGGCGAAGGCCGAGGGAUGCGCGCCUCGCCGAGCCAAGGAGCAACAGUGGAGGUCCCUCGACAGAGUGAGCCGAUGGAGGAGGUGCCCUUGGACGCAGUUGAGGAGGAAGGUGGGACGCAGGAGUCGCUUAUGGCUAUGUCCACAAAGAGGAGAGGUUCGCGCUUGCAUGAGCUGGCGGCAACCAUGGGGAUAGGCACUCCACAGGAGAGGUCUCAGAGACUCGAUGCUCCAGAGCAGACCCCGAGGUUGGGAGAAUUGAGGGCGGAGCUGGGCUUCUGGGCCACGGAAACGAACUCGGGAGGGCCCGACUCGCGGCAGCAGCAGCAGCAGGAAGUCAUGAGUAUGCCCACCACCAUGGUGAGCCCUCAGCCGUCGGAAUCAUGUGGGGAUGAGGUGGUGGUGGAGACGAAGAGGGCUCAUGAGGAAGGACCCCGAGAGUCGGAUAUGCCAGAUGACAGGCCAGGGAGCACAGCCGCACGAAGGGGUGGAGGUGUUCAGGCUAUGGAGCCCGGACCUCAGGGCCAUAUGGGAUCGUCCUUGUGUCGCGAGGUGACUACUAGGACCAUAGGGGCGCCUUCGGCAUCCAGUUCGCAAGGGAGAAAGAAGAAGACUGCUAGGUGGCAUGACACCUCCUGUUUUUGGUGCAAGGAGGGAGGACAUAGAGCCGUGGACUGUCCAGAGCUCCUUGAGGAUAAGGCCGAGGGGCGAGUUGCGGAGGUCGACGACAAGUUCUAUGACAGACAAGGUAGGAUAGUGGAGCGAGCUCCAGAUGGGGGCAGGGAUCAGUUGUAUAGGCAGAACCAGGAGGAAUUGUGUAAGUAGGGACCGGUCUAUCUAUACAUUGGUAGGACUAGAGGCCCUUGACACAUG